UCCCCUGCGUCCAGUUGGUGGAAAUCCCCACGUGGUUUACGACUCCUGUAUAAAAACUUUGGAUGUGCGGAGCCCCCGUUGUCGCGAUCUCAAAGGAGCAGAAGGUCUCAGUGAGCAGCAUCCCGCAGGAAGCACGGAGCUGCACAUACAGCUGCGCACCGGACACGGUACCCAAGCCAGGCGCGUACACAAAAGGCACGGGACUCCGCGAGAUUUGUUGUUCUCUGUGGAGCUGCAGCUGUGCACGUUUGAAUGGGAGAGAGCGGACUGAGCACCUUUGGACACUAAGGUUCUUGUUUCUAUUUAGUCUUAUCUGCUUUGUUUUGGUAGAUUACGCGUCUGACGGGAGCGUGUUAUGACAGAAGCGCGUCAACUAUCCAAACUUGUGUCACUGAGAGGGAUGAAACUUUGCUUGUGUGCAGAGAAAAGCCGCAUUGCUGGAUCCUGAAUGCACAAUGACUGCCUGGAGUUAAUUAGCCCCAAAGUUUCAGCAGCACUCUGGGAAUAUUUCAUUGGCUUCUCUGGAUAUCUCUGUUUUGGAAGUGGAUGUUCUCCCCGGAACUUGAAAAGAAACAAGAACAGCUUUAACUUAAGAGUGUAAUAUUUCCCCCCCUUCUUUUUGUUGUUGUAUUGUAUUCGGACUGUAAACUAGGGAAAAUGAGCAUCUACGGUGUGACUUUGUCCUGUUUGGUGGCGUGCGUUCUGUCCGUGCGCUGCAGCUCGGUGGCCGGGGUGGAGGCUCAGAGCUCUCCCCUGGAAUCGUGCGCGUCCUGCGGCCUCAGGGCUCCGGAUCAGGCGGAGCGGGUAAAUAUAGACUUUUUGGAGGCGGUCAAGAGGCACAUCCUGAACCGGCUGCAGAUGAGAGACAGACCCAACAUCACGCACCCCAUCCCGAAGGCUGCGAUGGUGACGGCUCUGAGGAGGCUGCACGCCGGGAAAGUGCGCGAGGACGGCCGGGUGGAGAUCCCCAGCUUUGACGGACAGGCUGCGUACAACAACGAGGUUCAGACGGAGAACUCGGAGAUCAUCAGCUUCGCAGAAUCAGAUGAUCGCUUAUCUGCCAAGUCCACCCUGUACUUCGUGGUCUCCAACGAGGGGAACCAGAACCUGUACGUGUCCCAGGCCAACCUGUGGCUCUACUUCCGCGUGUUGCCAGCCGGUCCUGAGAAGGGCCUCCGGAGGAAGGUGACGGUCAAGAUCCAUUACCAGGAGGCCGGGACCACCAGCAGUGCAGAGGGAGGCCCCGGGGGAGGAGGGGGAGGGACCGGUCGCUGGGCCCUGGUGGAGAAGCGUGUGGAUCUGAAGCGCAGCGGCUGGCACACCUUCCCCCUCUCGGAGGCAAUACGAGCUGUUUUCGGGAAAGGCAACCGGCGGCAGGACCUGGAGGUCCACUGUGAGGGCUGUGAGACGUCCGGUGUGGUCCCGGUGCUGGUGGACCCCCUGGACCCCUCCCACCGGCCCUUCCUGGUGGUGCGAGCACGACAGGUGGACGGAAAGCAUCGCAUCCGCAAGAGGGGGCUGGAGUGUGACGGCACCGUCGGGGGCCUCUGCUGCCGACAACAGUUUUACAUAGACUUCCGCCUCAUUGGCUGGAAUGACUGGAUCAUUGCACCAGCUGGUUACUACGGCAACUACUGUGAGGGCAGCUGCCCGGCCUACAUGGCGGGCGUGCCGGGCUCGGCUUCAUCCUUCCACACCGCCGUGGUGAACCAGUACCGCAUGAGAGGGAUGAGCCCGGGCUCGGUGAACUCCUGCUGCAUCCCCACCAAGCUCAGUACUAUGUCCAUGCUCUACUUCGACGAUGAGUACAACAUCGUGAAGAGGGACGUGCCCAACAUGAUCGUGGAGGAGUGUGGCUGCGCUUGAGUCCGCUCCCUUCACUGUUGUUGAACUCGGAACAGUCAGAAUGGCCUUUUGUACAAACAGGACGUUAUUGUACGGUACACAUAUACAAUAUAUCUAUACCUACUGUAUGUGCGAGCAACACGCACACUGGCACGUCUCGCAAAUGCAAGCGUCAGCGCAGUCCAGUGUCCACGUGUGCAUGUGUGUGUUUGCAGGUGUUCGUGCGAGUGUGUGUAUUUAUCAGACUGAGUGACAUGCUUGCCGUCCGUGUUUUGUCCGCUCAGCAACGACUGGUCAGUGAUGGGUCGAGAAGGGAACGAUUAUAUCACCAAAUGAUACUUUGCUCUAGUUUGCCAUUUCUAGUCAAAAAUAAUGGCUCAUCAUCUCCUCUUGAAUGAAGAUAACAAGCGCUUAAGGAAAGUGACAGGAUCAGCCAUCGCCGAGGACAUUAUUGGCGUAGCCCCAACACUCCAGACCCCGCUCCUCGGACCCUCUUAAGUAAUUUAAGCACAUGACAAACUUUUGUUUUUUAUAAAGCACUGACAAUUCAUCAGUUUAUACACUUCAGAACACCAGCACUUCCCUACUCUGCCGACAGACACAGUCCGACUGUCCUCUCUGGUGGAAUUAGACGGGCAGCGCUUAAUGCCUUGCAGGAUUAUACCUCCAGAGAAAGGCAGAAGAAAGUCCUCCACAGAGCUGCUGUCCUCCUGCUGACUAUGGGCCUCCACUUCCUGCUUGUCCAGAGAGGUGCAGGCCCUGCUACCAUGACAACCAGGUGAAGGUAGACCUCAUAAGUGCACUUCACUUGAGCACUUGCAGCGACGGAGAGAGAACGGUCCGCUGAGGCUCAGUAGGAUCCCCCCCCCCCCCCACAGUGCAGUGCAGCACUUCCAGAAACUGAAAUGCACACCCUGAUAGCACUUGUAUAAAGAAAUGCCUUCCAAGGGUACUGAGUGUCCUGUCCUAUCGCUUAAUAAGUGCCACAUGAGCUAUGCAAUGUAUAGUAACCUAUCCCCAUACCCAGCCUGCUCUAUUAGACUCAAUCCUCUUCUCUCCUUCUCUCUCGCUUCAAUCCUCGACUCUUUAUCAAUACUUGAAAUGUAAUCUAUCGCUUCCUUUCCUAAGCGAAUGAUUGUUGUGACGUUUGCACUGAAAAGUUGCGGGAUUAGUGACACACAAACUGCCAUUGAAAAGUUAUUUUUAUAGAAGUAAAUUGAAUUUAGUUUCAAAUGUAUUUUACCUAAUUAAAGGAACCAAAGAGGCCAAUAUUUGAGCUAUUGUACUAAGAUGGCAAGGCCAUUGAGUUACUGUGUACAAUACUGUUUAAUCAUUUUGCAAUAGGCUUACCACUGUAUCAGGGUACGAUGUAUGAUUUCAUUUCUUAGCUCUAUUUUCAUUCUCUGUUUUGUACAAUAAGCAACACUUCAUUUUUUCAUCUUUAAUUCUAUUUUUGUUUCAGUUUUCUAUUUAAUAAGACAGUUAUUUUAGUUCCCG